CCGCGCAAGGUUCGCGCAUGCUCGUUCAGUGAAGAUGGCGGACACGUUACCGGAGGAGACGGAGCGGCGGAGUCCCGAGCCUGAGGAGGAGCCGGAGCCGGAGCCGGAGCCGCAGACUUUCCGAGAUCUGGGUGUGACUGAGGUUUUGUGUGAGGCCUGUCAGCAACUGGGAUGGAAAUCUCCAACCAGCAUCCAGAAAGAAGCUUUGCCCAUGGCCUUGCAAGGGCGGGACAUCAUUGGCCUGGCUGAGACUGGCUCUGGAAAGACGGGCGCCUUCGCCCUGCCGAUUCUGCAGGCCUUGCUGGAGAAACCUCAGCGCCUCUUUGCGCUUGUCCUGACGCCGACCCGGGAGCUGGCCUUCCAGAUCUCCGAGCAGUUUGAGGCCCUGGGUUCUUCGAUUGGAGUGAAGUCCGCGGUGAUUGUGGGCGGAAUUGAUAUGAUGUCACAGAGUCUUGCUUUGGCGAAGAAACCGCAUGUCAUCAUAGCCACGCCAGGCCGCCUGAUGGAUCACCUGCAGAACACGAAGGGCUUUAAUCUCCGAGCGCUCAAGUACCUGGUGAUGGACGAAGCUGACAGAAUCCUUAACAUGGACUUUGAAGUUGAAGUUGAUAAAAUUCUCAAGGUGAUUCCUAGAGAGCGGAAAACCUACCUGUUCUCAGCUACAAUGACUAAGAAGGUGCAGAAACUCCAGCGAGCUGCCCUGAAAGACCCUGUGAAAUGUGCAGUGUCAACCAAGUACCAGACAGUGGAGAAGUUGCAACAAUAUUACGUAUUUAUUCCUUCCAAGUUCAAGGAUUGUUACCUGGUUUACAUUCUCAAUGAGCUUGCUGGGAAUUCCUUCAUCAUCUUCUGCAGCACGUGUAACAAUACCCAGCGCACAGCAUUGCUCCUUCGCAAUCUGGGAUUUACUGCCAUUCCCUUGCACGGCCAGCUGAAUCAGAACAAACGACUGGGUGCUUUGAAUAAGUUCAAGGCCAAGUCUCGGUCAAUCUUGCUGGCUACGGAUGUGGCAAGUCGGGGCCUGGAUAUUCCUCAUGUGGAUGUGGUUAUAAACUUCGACAUUCCCACGCAUUCUAAGGAUUACAUCCAUCGGGUGGGACGCACAGCCAGAGCUGGUCGCUCGGGAAAGUCCAUCACUUUCGUCACCCAAUAUGACGUGGAGUUGUUCCAGAGGAUCGAGCAUCUGAUUGGGAAGAAGCUCCCAGCAUUUCCCACGCAAGAGGACGAGGUCAUGAUGUUGGUGGAACGUGUGUCGGAGGCACAGAGAAUCGCACGACUGGAGCUUAGAGAACGGGGGGAUAAGAGGAAGCGGCCGCAGGAAGACGAUGACGAUACCGAACAGUCGCUCGGCAUCAGGAGAAAAGUGGCAGGCAGCAAAGUGAGGAAAAAGCAUCGCUGAGUUUCCUCACCGUGGACAGUCUGCUGAAAUAGCGAACAGAUUGGUUGUGAUAUUUAUAUGUUGUAAGCUGGCCAUAGCUAGAAUCAACCAGCGCUUGGUUCGAUCUGUUCACUUGGAUCUCCUGCGAAGACUUUACCGUUGCCAGAUGAAGUCAUACCUUUUGCUGUCUUGCACAGCUGUUCCUGGCAAACCAGGCAAUGUUCUGUCUCUCGCAGAAAAAAACCUUGUAAGGUUGUGUUUUUAUUUCAAAGAGAAUUUCCACUUGUAAAGUAUCACUUGAAACGUUCAAAGUAAAUUUAUUAUCGAA